AUGUGCUCAGUGAGUCCAAAGUGCAUCCCGUUGCCCGAGCAGGUCUGUUUGACUAUUAUCGGCUCGCCUGAGUAGUUGGGAAGAACAUUGCAGCAAAUAUUCUGUUCGGUUCCAAGCUCCGCUUGCCGCUACGUGGAAGUGAAGGCGGGACGAUCGAAGUGGGAGAAACGGUCAGCGGUGUUCGUGCAAAGCGACGGAGAGCCGCCGAAGAUCGUCAUUUACACGUAUUUCAUCCACGGACUCAGUGCAGGGUUGAGUGGCUCACAGAGCAUGGGCCUGUGCAGAACUGCGGGGGUUCACAACUGCCUCUUCAAUCCUGCACAGGGUUCCACGAGGCAGUCCCAUUCGGAGCGUAAAAGGCACUUUCAGGAAACCAUUGGUCGGACAGAUCUAUCCGCUAACUACGAUGACCAAAAUGACGGUGAAGCAGGACAAAGAGGCGUUUAUUGUGGAUUUGGCGACGGAGAAAAGACUGAAAGUGACGUUCAGAAUUGAUGGGAAAGAAGCCGCAAUGUGGGCGGGAGCCGUCGUCAGGUGCGGUCAAAUCCAAAUGCGUGGAAUUGGAGAUGUUUCAGCAGGAGCUUCGGAUCUUUGGGCCACAUUACACAUCAGAACUAUGUCGGAUCCACUUCCAACAUUGGUACUGAUCUAAAAGAAGAGCCAAAUGUGAAUGUGUACACGGGAACGAGAGAAGGAUACGUGGGGCCGCAGAGGGAUAGCUCGAUGAGUGACGAUAAAAAGAAGAAAGGGAACCGAAAUGAAAAUGGAGAAGCGGAGGAGAAGUGAGCGGAAAGAGAAUUCCAGAAGUAAAGUUCAGUCUUGUUCAGGAAGAAGGAAUCUGUGAAGAAGUUAAAGAAGACCGCUUCGACGAGUGGCACGAAGAAGUCAAGCACAGAGUCGAAGUCGUUGGCGGCGACGCAGGAGCUGCCGCCCGCAAAGUUCGAGGAUACACCGACUGUGAUCGUGCACACGGACAGCGAGCCGGAUGUGCACAAAACAAAGCAGACGCAGGAAGCCAACGAGACGGCCACUUCUUCCGGAAAGUGUGUCGAGAAGAAGAAGAAGACGACGCCGCUGAAGACGACACCCGUUUCGAUAACUCCGGCCACGCUUUCGUUGACUCCCGGAAACGAGGAGAAGGAGAAGAAGAGAAUUAAAACGGAUUCGGAUGAGUGUGAGGCACCCGGCAAUAAACCAUAA